AUGAAGACCAAGCAUCGAGAUAUUACUUUCAACCCAGACGACAUGUUCCGUGCAUAUAGUGCAAGCGAAAGACAAGAAUACACCAAAAUUCAUAAAAAAAUCAACAUCGUCAUCAACCUUUCCGGAAGUACAACAACUGAAGCUGAACAGUCUGUCCUGUCCAGCCAAAGCCUUGAGCUUCGGCCUACCACUUCCGAAAUAUUUCGGAAGUGCCCUCGGUUCCGAAUUUUGGUGAUAGGAAAGACUGAAGUCGGCAAGUCUUCAGUGAUUAACCACACAUUUGGGGUGGAAAACGCGAUCACCUCGGAUGAUAAGCCAGGCGAGGUCAGCAUUGACCAUGAGUUCAUCUCACCUCAGAAUGACAAGUUUGUUCUUCACGAUAGCAAAGGUUUUGAACCACGGGAUGAAGACAACCUCAAAAUAGUUGAAGACUUCAUUGACCGUUGGAGGAACAUGCCCACUCCGGAACAUCAGUUGCAUGCUAUUUGGCUUUGCUUUGAGAUACCCCGUGCAGGCGGACGUUUGCUAGAGACGGGAAUGGAGGAAUUCCUGACAUUGAAAAAUAGUGGAAAGCUGGGAAACGUUCCCGUUAUCGUCGUUCUUACCAAAUACGAUAUGAUCAUCGGUCGCAUAGAACGAAAUUUAGAUGAAACCUAUGCCAAUGAAUUGAAUGACAAAGCCAUCAAGGAAGUCAUCAAGAACAAAGCAGAAGCCGAACUGCAGAAUACCUGCAUCGGACCUCUAAAGCAAUUCACAGGGCCUGAUAUACCCUAUGUCACGAUCUCUACUAAAGCAGACCACAAGCAGACACUCGUCCACCUGAUCGAAAUCACUGAAACCUGUGUCGAUCGGUAUUCUGCACCCGAGGCUGUGGUGAUGACCUCCAUCGCUCAGCGAGUGCGUCCUGGACUCAAAAUAAAGGCAUCAAUUGAGGUUGGCAAGAAAAGUCUGUCCCAGUUUCAUGUUCAUGAUUACUGA